AUGAGUGAUGGACCUUUGCAAGACACGCUUCACCGGCAGCUCCAAGCAGAAGAGAUCGACGACGAGACAAGUCACUUGGACUCGGAUUCGGAUUCCGAUUCGGAUUCGGAUUUGGAAAUCUUCUCAUCUGGCCUGGAUGCGCUCUUCGAUCAUCAUAUGCCAGCCAGCGGCACUCCCGGAAGCUGGACAUCCUUUUCGCAUCCCAUUUUACCGCUCGUUCGGCAUGGGCAGCCGAGCUCUGCGUCGACGGCUUCGCAUCAGGGCAGGGAAUCUGAAUCGAAAUUGCGAUAUUUGCUGCCACCUAAUUCGACGGGCGAUACGCAAUUGAUGGCGCACUAUCAAUGGGAUGCAGGCGUGCUGCUGUCGAGAAUCCUCAUCGAAAGCUCUGUCCAUUCAAAUCUGCAAACCAAAGCAUCCAUCUCUCCAACCUCCAACGCCUCUCCAAGCCGUGCACUUCCACGCUUAAGGGGGGCAAAUCUGACCGAACUCUUCAACAUGCCAGAAGAAAGAAGAAUCUUGGAAGUGGGAGCAGGAGCAGGUCUACCUUCCCUCGUUGCUGCACGUCUCGCUGCAAGUCUUUGCCAUUCGGCGAAUGUGGGGUGCAGGGCAAGAACAGACGAGAUCCAUGUGACAGUGACGGACUAUCCAUCGGCUCCCGUUCUAUCUGCUCUGCAAGCGAGCGUCCGAAAAGAAGGCACGCAGAUCAAAGUUCGAGGUCUCGAGUGGGGCAACGAAGAGGCAGAAUCUCGCUUACUCUCCGAAACUUCCCAAAGAGGUUUCGACGUAAUCUUGGCAGCCGACACUCUUUGGUUGACAGAUCAGCAUCCUUUGCUCCUUCACACCUUUCGACGAUUAUUGAAACCAGAAAAGAACGCUGUCAUCCUCCUCGCUUUCGGCUUUCAUACCGGUCCUUUUACCGCUUUGAAAUUUUUGGAGCUGGCUGCGGAAGCGGGAUUGGUCGUGGGAAGGAUGAAGGAAGAAGAACAGGAGAGCAGCAAGGCCGUGGACGAGAGCACGUCAUCGCACGACGCCAACGCAAUGGCAAAAUGGCUCGUCAGACAAACUCGACCUGGGAGUGAAGAUGAAGAUGACGCCACGCUGUACGAUGUAAGGGAAUGGAAAGGGGGAGAAGAGGAGACGGACGCGAUCCAGCAUCGAGGUCAUUGGUCAGCCAUCGUGUGCUUGCGGUGGUCGGGCGAGGUGCUAUCAAGCAAUGUGAAUCACAUUUGA